ACGGCAUUGUUUCCCAACAAUCGAAAAGACAAGAAAUAGAUGUAAUAGAACGCGUCAUCGCACUAAUCCAAUCGAUAUCACGAUAUCAACUCUAAUUAAUGCUCAGCGGAUUGUACCGCAUUCAAAAGCAUCUAUUAUACAUGUACCAAGUCCGAACAAGACGGGAAACGAAACAAUUGAAGAAAAACUUGACCAAGCAACAAACAAUAAAAAGAUGAAGAACGCCUUCCUCCUCGCUCUCUUCCUGGUUGCGAUUUGCAAUCMAAUCGGCAUUGAAGCCGUGUGCGAUGCUAACGGGACCCCCACCAAUGGCGACCUGACAACGAUGUCAAUCACUGAAAUUGCCUGCGACCCUUCACUGGCGGACACCUUCAGCACCCUCUGCAAUCUCUUGAUUCGGACCGAUUUAGACGAGACCCUCUCCCGGAGAAGUACCUCUGAUUUUUUUGUAUUUGCUCCGACGAAUGCGGCCUUCGUUAACGCUCGGAUGACAGCCGGCGUGAGCAUCCCCCAGAUCACCAAGACGCUGCAAUACCACGUCUCGAACGACUCAAGCGACCUUACCUGCGGCGCCCGACGUGAUUCUCUGCUGACUCUCAAUAGCAAGACCAGAUCCUCUUCGACACGAUGCGCGGCAGAUGGAACCACCCUCUUGGGUCAAACCGGGAACGUUAGGACGCCUCGGCAGUCGAGCCCGCUCCCAAACUUUGUCGCGCCAACCGCCGGAAACGAAGCCUCUGUGACCGCCUGCAACGGAAAGAUCCGGGCCAUCGACCAAGUGCUUGGAUUCGGCCCAAUGGUCUAUCGCUUCGGAAGCAAUGCUCCAUGCUCAUUCUAUAGCAAGUCCUGCAAGGCUGGUAAGGGUGGAAAGGCUGCAAAGGCUGGCAAAAAGGGAAAGAGUUAUAAUUACCCAGUGAUUGAAGUCGAAGAAGAAACCGUCGAUGGUGUGACUUUCGACCACGUUCAUCUCUAUUACGGAAAGUCAAGCAAGAAGAAAAGCAAAAAGGAUAAGGGAGGUAACGGAAACGGAAACGUCAACAGGUCAUGGAAUGGUUCCCGGCAGCAACCAGCACAAGCACAAGCACAGGCACAGAAAAGAAACAGGGAUUUCAUGCACCACCCCGGGUUGGAAUACAUGUACAACAGAUAUUUUGGUUCAAGCAGAUAUGGCAGGCAGCGACAAUUGAGGGGCGUGAUAUCCCCUGAUGAGUACAACGAAGAAUAUCAACUACAGUCGCCAUACGUGUCGGUGGAUGCGGUUGAAUAUGAAGAUCACUAUCAAUAAAUCAUUUCAAUUUACUCAAAAGGUACACUUUAUGGGUAGACGAUCAAAUGACUUGAUAAUUUCUUCCAUUCAUACAAUUGAUAAUAUCAUUCGGAAAAAGGGCAAGAGCACAAUUGCAUCCAAUAAAGGGGUGACUAUGUG